CGGCUUGUGCAAGUUCCUCUUUGCACUAUUGCACCUGUGUGUGAGGUUUGUUUUCCGCAUCUUUUAUACAGACAUGGCCGUGUGAUUUAAUAAGUCGCGUAGAUGGAGAAUAGAAAUUAGAUACAGUAGAUCCUUCGAUCAGUAGAUAGAUAUAAUUUGCAUUUAUUAGCAAAAUGCGCAAAAAUUAGACUUUCCGACUUGCCAGUUCCCGAGUUUAGAAAUUAAAGGUAGUUAGAUUACCAGUCCAGAAAAAAAAUCAUUUUUGUUUCCACUGGUAAAAUCUAUCUUUUAUGUCCUAUUCCUUGUUUCUUUUUCUUAAUAACUAUCAAUAUCCUACUUUUUUAUGUCAGUAUGUCUGUGGCAUUUCCGUAUUCCUGUAUUCCAUGUCUGAGGAACAUGUAGACUAUAGCCUUAGAUACUGAUGCAGACGUUGAAAUCCUUUUCUGUUUUCCAUCCAUUUGUGCAGUCUUUUUAAUUCCGACAAAUCUUUGGAAUCCUGAUAAUGUUAAUGAAUUGAAAAGUUGUAAUUAUAUUUAAUUUACUGUAAUCAAUUGCUUGCACACUCCAAGCUGGCGUAUCGUCGGCACCAGUAUUCAUCAAAUCCAAAAUUGGCAUCUAUAGAAAUGAAUUGGUCUGCGAACCAAGAAGCAUGCGAUAGCGAUAAUGAAAUGUUCCAAAUGUCAUCAAGUAGAAUGAGAGACGAUGGAAGUCAUGUGAGGUUGCUUUCAGUCAGCGAAGAUGAAGAACAAGCUAGUGUAUCACCACAAGAUGCUGGCCUACCACAUCUUAAUUUUCGCCAGAGUCAACAUUCAUCGACUAAGUUUAAAGAGGAAAAAAAGUCAAGAGCUGCUGCACUCAGUAUUCUUGUUGUCGGAGUUAUUCUUAUUAUUAUUAUAAAUAUUGGUUUGGGUAUUAAAUUGAAGAAUAUGCAUGGUUACCCUGACAAAUCGGUGUCCUCUACUGUGCAACCAUCAUUAACAUUGAAAUGCCCUGUGAAAAAAGAAAUUAAUUCACUGAAAUGUAAUUCAUCGUUUCCAUGGCAAAUGUAUCGUCUUCCAUCGUACAUUCAUCCAGAAUUUUACUCCAUUUUUUUACAUCCAAAUCUCACUCUUGGGAACUAUUCCGGUGAAGUUGAUAUUAUAGUGUCUGUCUCUCAAGCUACAGACUUAAUUGUUAUCCACAGUAAAGAAUUAAAUAUAUCUGCUCUCAAGGUAUACAGCGGUUGGCAUAAACGAGGUGAUAAAAUUCCUGCGGAACACGAGGUACCCCAACAAAGGGAGUAUCAGGUUUGCACAGAGCUUGAUUUUGUUGCAAUUCAGUUAUCUGACAGGCUUCAAACACAGAAACAAUAUACAAUUCAUGUUGAAUUUAUCGGCAGCUUGACAAUGUCUCUUAAUGGAUUUUAUUUGAGUAAAUAUAAAACGAAAACAGGUGUUAACAAAACAUUGGCUACAACGCAAUUUGAAGCCUUAUCGGCCCGAAAAGCAUUCCCAUGCUUUGAUGAACCAGCGAUGAAAGCGAACUUUUCAGUCAACAUCGUCAUAGAUAAUACAAAUUCUGCUUUAUCGAAUAUGCCAGUGGAAAAUACAUCAGAUUUUGGGGAUGAUUUGAAGUUGGUCAAAUUUCAAACAUCUGUAGCUAUGAGUACUUAUCUUCUUGCUUUUAUUAUUGUUCCUGACUUUGAUAAUAUCACAAACGAAGUUCAAUUACAGCGGGGUAGUACUCCUGUUUCGGUAUAUGCCCCAAAAGAUAAAAUUAAAAGUGCGCAAUUUGCAUUAGAAGUUGCAUCCAAAGUGCUAAUUCAAUAUGAGAAGACUUUCAAAAUUUCAUACCCAUUACCUAAACUUGAUCUCAUUGCAAUUCCUGAUUUUGCCGCUGGGGCAAUGGAGAACUGGGGUCUUGUCACUUAUCGUGAAACUGCAAUACUCUGGGAUGAGAAAACAUCUUCCAUUUCAGACAAAGAAUGGGUUGCAAUUGUUGUUGCCCAUGAACUUGCUCAUCAGUGGUUUGGAAAUCUCGUAACAAUGGAAUGGUGGAAUGAUUUAUGGUUAAACGAAGGAUUUGCAAGCUAUGUUGAAUUUUUUGGGGUGAAUCAUAUUUACCCUGAAUGGAACCUAAUGGAAACUUUUCAUAGUCUUACUACUGCAGAUGCAAUGACAGUGGAUGAAAAUGAAAAUACACAUCCAAUUUCAGUGCCUGUUAAUAGUGCUAUUCAAAUUGAAGAGCUCUUUGAUGAUAUCACAUAUAAAAAAGGUGCUUGUCUAAUAUCCAUGAUGAUAAGUUAUCUUGGUGAAGACAAUUUUUAUGCUGGCAUCACAGAUUACCUAAGUAAAUUUGCUUAUAGUAACGCUAACAACAAAGACUUGACUAAAGCUGUUGUUCAACAUACGUCUACCGCCAAUCAACGUAAAAACGUUUUGCGGAUGUUAGAAUCAUGGACAGUUGAACCAGGAUUUCCUGUUUUAAAUGUAUCGCUUGAUGGAAAAACAGUUAUCAUAUCCCAAAUGAGAUAUAUGCUCGAGUUACCAGCUUCAUAUACAAAUAAAUGUAACAAUAAAAGUGAAUCUUUAUGGCAAAUUCCACUUUCUUAUAUGACAGAUAAAUCGAAGGAUUCAGCAUGGGAAUUUAUUGAAAACAGAACGUACACUUUUACCUUACAGGACUACCCAAAAUGGAUGAUCCUGAACGCCAAUAGGCGUGGGUACUAUUUGAUUAAUUAUAGUAUAAAAAUGUUAGAAAGCUUAAUAUUGCAAUUGAAAACGGAUCAUACGGCAAUAUCGGCUUUGGAUCGGUCCGGUAUUCUGUUCAAUGUUGCCAAAUCUGCCAAAGCCGGUUUAAUUAGUUAUGAUAGACUAUUAGACCUUAUGACCUAUCUCGAAAAGGAAGAAGAAUAUGGACCAUUCUAUAGUGCUUUACUCAUCUUGAGUGACUUCAAGAAAAUAUUGAAAAUGCAAUUUCAUACAAAUCAUCAUAAAAAGAUGAAACAUUUUUCAAAAAACUUGCUGAGUCACAUUUAUUCUAAAUAUGGGUGGCCGACUGUUGCUUCAAUGCAAUCAACAUUGACUCAUCCGGAAAUAAAACUUCGACGAUCAGCGAUCAAAUUAAUGUGCGCUUAUGACAAUGAGAAUUGUACUAAUCAAGCACUGAUUCAUUUCAGGAAAUGGAUGGAUAAUAACACUCAGUUAGAGGUAGAUUACAAAGACAUUGUUUACAGUACUGGAAUCAGACUAGGGUUGCCCGAAGAUUGGAAAUAUAUGUGGAAUAAAUAUACAAAGGAUCUGACUCUUGACGCUUCAGAAAAAAAUAAACUUUUGAAAGCUCUUUGCCAUCGUACGGAUGAAAAAACGGUGGAAUUCUUACUCGAUGAGGCUAUAAAGGGAGAAAAUAUUAGACAUCAAGAUGCUGACACCGUGGUACAUUACCUAACGUAUAGUGGUAGAGUAGGUAGUAUGAUGGCUUGGAAGUUUGUUCGUAGUAAGUGGGAAGAAAUUACUUCCAUAUUUCUAAUAAGUAGUUUUACAGUUCAACGAAUGGCCGAAAACAUUUUUCAGACUUUUACAGAUGAAAGUGAAAUAGCUGGUGCUGAAAAAUUUAUGGAAAUGCAUAAUUUGACUGGAAUAAGAUAUUUCAAACGAGCUCUUGAAAAAGCAAAAUUUAAUGUGCAUUGGAUCGAAACCUAUCAGCCACAAGUAUUUGAGUGGUUAGAUAAAAAUAUAGCGGAUUCGGAAAUCUAGAAUCGUGAUUAUCAAGUCAGUUUCUGUGUCUUGGUUGCUGGGGAUGGUGCAAAAUACUUAGUAAUUCCAAUUUUUUUAAAUGAUUGAUAUUUCAUUUUUCUUUGUAGUUCCCACAACUUUUCUAUUUGUUUUUUUUAUUUGUCGCUAUUACAUCUUUACUUGGUUUAAUAAUUUUGCAAGCUAAAUUUGAGACAGAUGCACUAUUUGAGAUAUCUGCAUUUGCUUUAUUAGCAAAACAAUACAUUUUAAUUUGAAAAUAUUUCAUAAUAAUAUACUGUACUAGUUCUGGUAUACCAGUGUGGAACUAUUGGCAACAAGUUGUUACAAUAUUUAUGACAUGAUAUUACAGUUGAUCUUUUGCUGUUAACGCUUCUCGAAUCAUCAUAUACAUGUGAAUCCAUCUAUUCAUGUAUUAUUUUCCAGAUACAAGUGCUGCAUUUGUAAAGCUCAUGCAAUAUCACAACUACACAAUAUCAACCCAAGAUUAUAAUACUUAGAAAAAUGAGCAAUAGCGAGUUCACUCAUUGUUACAUAAUUUGAAUAAAUCUAUUAUGAGCCACAUUUUUUUAAUAAUAAAGAUAUAACGUGUGAGCCAUUCAGUAAAAAAUGUUCGCCGUCCCUAUCGAAUAAUGUGAACGAGUUUUCGUACCAAACACAUAUUUACAUCCCUACUUUAUUUUUGUAUGAGUGCAAUGAAUUUACUGUGGUGAACGAUAUUGCCAAUCUAUUGCUAAUCUAUCUAAUUAACAUAACAUAUAUGGUAUACUAUAAAACUAUAUGUUUUGUUAUCUGCUUUUUAUUCAUUAUCAUCUUUAGAUCUUUGACUAGAAGAUGUUGAAUGUUCCUGUUUUUAUAAUACACACUUUAUGUCAACUGCACUAUUUUGUGGUUGAAAGUAUUGAAAAUAUGUCAUAUUAAUUUUAUGAACCAAAUAGUGUAAUAAUGGAGAAAGAUUUAUAAUUUUUUGUUGUAUGAUUUUUAAAAAAUAUUGUCAAUUUGCACAGUUGAAAUUGUUGAAGGAUUUUUUGUGAGCUGUUUUUACCUUGUAUCUAUUUUUAGUACAAAUAUGAAAUGAAAUAAGAUGUAUUGCAUCAUUGUGUCUUACCCGAGUAUUACCUUGUACCAAGUUUAGCCUAUGUACCAAUUAUUUUUGGUGCUCCAGAAGUAUAUGUACCAAUGUGGAGGUAACUAAUUUUGUUCGCCUACUUUACAUCAAGUUGUGUAAAGGACGGAAGCCUAUGAGCAGGGGGUAUAUUCACUUGGCUAACACAAACUGUCCCCGAACUUGUAAUAGAUUUAAAAAAGAAAAUCGGAAUGAAAUCAUGGCCUAACCAUGCCCUGGUACACAUACUACUUGAGUACCUUAUUUUUCAUGUAGAUUUCUCCCAAUAUUUUUCAAAAAGUUGAAAGAUCACUGGUACAGGAGUCUGGAGUGACAGCUGAAAGGCUAAGAUAUUUAUUACUUCCUCUUAUGUUAAACCACAUUGGUUAAGUGUACACAUUUACUAUGUAAAUUUUCCCACAACUAGAAACUUAUGCGUUUUGAAUUAUUGAGAAUGAGAACUAUCCACCGCUAGUAUAUUGAUCAAAAACCUUUUUUG